AGGAGAGGCGAGAGGAAGGGAAGCGAACUUCACUGACGUUUACAUAGCUUUUACGCACACAAUUUGACCUCUUUCCCCCCCAAUAUUUAUGUCGUUGUCGGAGAAAAUGGCUUUCGGCAGCUGAAAUGAAAUUAAUGUAUGCAGCACACGUGGAUUUGUUUUUAAAGGAAGCGAAAUUGAACGUUAACAACCUGCGCGUCUUUGGCUGCGUUUGGCAUCGGGGUGCGUUCUAAUUAAGUCAAUCUGAGAAGCAGUUCAGGCGGAACACGCUCUCCACAUGAAGGACCUGGUUUAUAGCUAACAAUUUUACUUUCAGCCAGUAAACACUUGUGAUGCAUUUGUGAAAGUUUCCCCGAUCCGAAUUGCUGUCGUUCGGACCAGGGGGAAACUUUUAAUGGAUUUUUUAUGCGGGACCCGCAAGGAUGGACGUGGUAGAUGAAACUGAAGCUUUACAGAGAUUUUUUGAAGGUCAUGAUAUUACCAGUUCUCUGGAGCCAGCCAACAUCGACACCAGUAUCCUGGAAGAGUACAUCAGCAAGGAGGACGAUAGCACUGACAUCUGCUUCUCAGAGGUCCACAGCACCCCAGGACCAAAUUACUCAUCUCCCCAAGCAGGAGGGUCUUCCUCAGGGGGGUUGGUGUGUGGAGUGAGCCCUCCUAUUCCCCUUCGCCAGGGAGCCCCUCUGCCUGGGCCCCUUAACUGUCCAAACGCGUACCCUCCAGGUCCAUCCCUGAGCCUCCGACACAGCUACCCCUGCCUGGGUCAGCAGCAGCACCAGCACCAGCACCACCAGCAACAGGCUCACGUCAAGCCUGAGCACAGAGGCCACUACGUCCCCGGAACUUUACCCGAGUCUCCCCCAGACUCAAGCUCAGAGCCGUACUCUCCUCAGCAGGUGAAUGAUCCCAACAUGAUAAGGACCAUGACACCGGAAAACAUGUGUCACAUGACACCAACGCCACCCCUUCCACCACAUGGGCACUAUCCCAGCAUGCACCGGGACAUGUACCUGAAGCCUGAGCCAUUAAUUUCACAGUAUCCCAUCGGUCCAGCCACAAGUGCAGGUGGAGACCUGCAGCAGACACAGAUGCUCCACCAGCUACUGCAGCAUCCGCAGGGGCAGGAUGGAAUUCCUGUUCACCAGGCCAAAAAGAGGAAGCACUCCGACUCACCCAACAGCACCCUCAAUUCCCAAAUCCUCACAGGUAUCAUCAAACAAGAACCAGGCUUGAUGCAGGAUGCAGACAGUGGCUACUUGGACCCCAACUAUCAGUGCAUUAAGUGGCAACCUCACCAGCAGAACAAGUGGACACCACUUUAUGACGCAAACUGCAAAGAGCUCCCCAUGCCAACCUACCGCGUCGAUGCUGACAAAGGCUUCAACUUCUCCUUGGCUGAUGAUGCAUUUGUAUGCCAAAAGAAGAACCACUUCCAGGUGACAGUGUACGUAGGGAUGCUGGGUGACCCCAAGUAUGUCAAGACAAGUGAAGGCCUACAGCCCAUCGAUUGUUUCUAUCUGAAACUCAACGGAGUGAAAGAUUGCAAGGUGGAGGCCAUGAACCAGUCCAUCAGUGUGGAGCAGUCGCAGUCGGAUCGCAGCAAGAGACCUUUCAAACCAGUUUUGGUCACGUUGCCUCCAGAGCAGGUCACAAAGGUCACAGUUGGGCGGCUCCACUUUAGUGAAACCACAGCAAACAACAUGAGAAAGAAGGGCAAACCAAACCCUGACCAGAGGUAUUUCAUGCUGGUGGUGGCGCUGCACGCUCAGUCCCACAGUCAGAGCUACACUGUGGCUGCUCAUGUGUCUGAGAGGAUCAUCGUCAGGGUAACGUCCAGCCAUGCAUCCAACCCAGGCCAGUUUGAAAGUGACAACGAGGUGCUGUGGCAGCGAGGCCAAUUACCCGACUCAGUGUACCAUCACGGGAGAGUUGGCGUCAACACAGACCGGCCCGACGAGGCCCUCGUUGUCCAUGGCAACGUCAAAGUCAUGGGCUCCCUGGUGCAUCCGUCUGACAUCCGAGCCAAAGAGAAUGUGCAAGAGGUGGACACCACAGACAAUUUGAAACGGAUUUCUCAGAUGAGGCUCGUCCAUUAUCAAUAUAAGCCUGAGUUUGCCGCCACCGUCGGCAUAGAGAACACCGCAGAGACCGGAGUGAUCGCUCAGGAGGUCCAGCAAAUCUUACCUGAAGCAGUCAAGGAGGGGGGAGAUGUGGUGUGCGCCAACGGUGAAACCAUUCCCAACCUUUUAGUUGUUAACAAGGAGCGUAUCUUCAUGGAGAAUGUGGGAGCGGUGAAGGAGCUGUGCAAGCUGACAGACAACCUGGAGACUCGAAUUGACGAACUGGAGCGCUGGAGCCGCAAGCUGGCCAAGCUGCGUCGCCUUGACAGCAUGAAAAGCACCGUGAGCGGAGGCACUGUCAGCCAGGCAGGAAGUUAUUUUAGCAGGACAGGAAGUGGACCACUCAAGAAGAAGACAGUCAAACCUGGGAGCAAGAGCUCACUUCCAGACCAAGGCUGUAUCAGUCAGAGGUUCAUGCAGGGGACCAUUCUGGCCCUCGUCAUUGUCAUGACUUUCAGUGUCAUUUCCAUGUCCAUUCUUUAUGUACUGACUCUUCAUCAUAGAGGAGACGUCACAGAGAAAGAUGGCUUUGUUUACCCAUGUGGUCUCUACAUCUCUUGGAUGCCCUUGAUCACUGCCACUGUUACUUUCUGUCCAUCUGCAUGUUCAUGGUCCAUAGCUGCGCUGGGAUCCUCACACAAGAGUCCAUUUUCUCCACUGCCCACAACUCCUGCACCAGCUUGCUGCUCAACCACAACCUUGAAUAACCAAUCAUCUACCAUUUUGACAUUAAAUAACAACCAAUCUACAGCAGAUAACCUGGUUCCCACACCAGGCACCAUUAAUAAGAAGGCCAAGUCCAGAAUAAUGGACAAGGAUGGACGCAACAGAAACCGCCUCAGUCACACGUCAGCUCCGCUGUACUUUGCCAAGUCCAAACGGCCUGCGUCGGCAGACCUGGAUGGAGCAGAAACACCCAAUCGUCUCCCUGGUGGUCAGCAGCCGACACCACGCAGACAGCGUAGUCUAUAUUUAAAGGGCGGAAGAUCUACUCCAUCUCUGACUCGUCUUCAUAUUGUGGAGACAGACCAAGAAAUCACAACACAACAUUGCAAACCCCCCAAGAGUUGCAGCUACACAAUAUCUCUCCAGGGAAACACAAAUUCCUCGCUCUCGCAACUUACUUUGCACAUGAUGUCCACAGACAGUGUGUGGGUUCAACAAUGUAGAGCCACCAAAGGACGUCUAUGUCCAAAUCACACCGAAACAGAACUGUAUGGUGGACAAAGAACGUCAACAAAGGGGACUGAUCACCUGUGGUCAUUGCCUCUGCUGUCCUUCCAGGACAUCACCUAUCACUUCCGUGUCUCCUCCUCUAAUGAAAUGAGUUGCACCACUGAUGAAGAAACAUCCUCCUUCUCAGACUACAACUUUGUCAUCGCAAGCAGCUGCAUGUGAGAGGAGUGCCCCCCCCGUGCCUUUACAGCACGCCACAUCCUCUCCUUUUGGGUUGAUGUGCAUUUUCAUGUGCAUUAUGUGUCAUUGUUAUACAUUAUUUUCAAAGUAAGUCAUGUCAAACUAUAUGCUAUCUUUAAGACAUCUCUUUUUGCUGUGGUCCACACUGUUUGUCACUGAACAUUUUUUGAUCACUGUAAACUGUGUUGCGUCACAGUUGAAUGCCAUUGUGAAAUAAUGUUUGUGACUUGACAUUACUGAUGAAAAAAUAGGCCCAUCAUAUUACAAUCUACUGUCAUUGAAAACCAUGAACCCAAUCAUACACUGGAGUCUAAUUCACUGUUGCAUGUACCUCAGUAGUCCACACUGGUACUUUCUUGGCCUCUACUGCAACACUUUGUGGCAAUACUGCACAUACGGAUAUGGAAAUUUAGUUCCAUCUUAAUGACAAUAUCCAGGCUAAACAUCCACACACUUACAAAUUAGGGAUGCUCCGAUCACGGUUUUAUGCCGCCGCUUCCGAUCAUCCAGGACUGAAGUCGGCCGAUAUCGAUCACAUGGAUUAAUUAUACAUUUUUCAAUUUAUUUAUGAUGAGUGCUGUUGGCCGGGGGUGCCGUUUAAAUGGGAAAAGUCAGGACAAUUACAAGCUCCCUUGACUGCCAGGGGCCCCAAAAUAUAGGUAAUUACUAAUACAUUUCGUAAUUAAUUAAUAAAAGGGGAGGGGGCCAACGUGAUUUUUUUUCAUGGGACCCAGAAUGCUGCACCACUGCUACUGGCUAUAUCAUAUGAAAAAAAGAACCAUCAAAAUUAAUUAAUUAAUUAAUUAAUUAAUUUAGACAAAAACAUAUCUUAUGUACUUUUACAAGAAAACAUAUCACUCGUGAAAUUUACAGAGGAUGAGACGCCUUCUUUAAGGAGACUUUGGGUGUGAGAGUACAUUGGUGAAGCUCUAGCAGGACUUCCAGGAAAAUGAGAGAGUACUCGGCAAACCCGGUGUCUUCCACCGCUGAGAAAGGCUGGUCAUCUCGUCCGGUGAAUUCAAUUAUUUUUGGAGUUAUUUGCUUAGCCUUGUGACUGUAACACACAUACGGGUGAGUGUUGUCCGCAUGGCUGCUUUAGCUGCCGUUUGACUGAUGAUCACACCAUAAGCCACCUCGAAAACUAACCAUGCUCUGUCAAGCGUUUGUUUUUCAAACGGUGUAUUAAAUUAAAGCUUUUUAACGUCUCACCAGAUAGUUAUCCUACAAUGUGUUGGCAGUUGAGUUCCACACAGCAGACAUGAUUGUUUUUGUUUUGGCACGCCUGCGCAUUGUGAAGAAAAGUGGGUGAGGACGCUGCCCAAGACGUUAGUCAGGACAAGACACUGCACUGCAUGCAGGGAUUACUGCAAACUACAAUAGUACUAGCCACAGAUGAUUGGCUUUGGUAAUCGGCGUUCAAAGGCAUUAUCGGCCGACCGCGCGACUUUUUACGGAAACUGUCCGACACUUAUCGGUGGCCGAUCCAUCAGAGCAUCCCUAUUACAAAUGCAUUACUGCAUGUUCCUAUACUCCAAGGAGCUACAGUUUGUGGCGGGUCCAAGUCAUGCGCAUUUCUUCAGAUUUACAUGCAAUAAGACUGGAUGAAUAAACAGGUAAUAACUGGAAAUCCCAUGAGGGAAUAUAAUGCAUUAUGUCCAACACUGACAAUAUUUCAAGAGAACACUGGAAUAGCUUACACUGUAUUUUGCUUAUGCUGGUAAGGUGAGAAAGAAAGUUGCUUUUCCAAUCAUUUGCUCCCAGAUUAUCCAUUGCUUCACCUUGAAACUCACUUUUUAAAGUAAUUAAUCAUAAAGCUGCAAGAGAGUUUCAUUUCUCACUCCAGACUCGUGAAUAACAACACUGAUUUAUCCCAGAUUUAUCCUUUGAUGCUAUAAUAAAUAAUAUGCAGUCAUGUCAUGAUUUUAAUAUACAGUAUGUGAUGUAAUGUUGAAUAUACUGUUAGUUUUUUGAUUUCUUCUCUUGUUCUCAGUUGUACUUUUGUUUCCCAUAUGUCUCACAAAUUCAAGAUUACAUAGGAAAAACAGCCAUCAGAAAAAGUGUAUAUACAGUAUCAUAAUAAGACUCAAAGCUGCUUUACUAUAACUGUUACAUACAGGCUGUGUAGUAUUCUUGCUUAUUUAUUUAUAAGGCACCUACUAACAUAAAUUGAACCACUGCCGCACUUUUCACACUGUAUAUGUAUAUGUGUAUACAUACACAUAUACUUAUACACACACACAUACAUUAUAGUACAUAUUUAUACAUAUUUGUACUGUAUAUAUAUAUAUAUAUAUAUAUAUAUAUAUA